ACAGUCCAAAGCUGUGAAUCAUUAACAACAGGAACAUCAAAGAGCAGAGUGCAACAAUUCCAGCCAUCAGUUGCUUUCCAAAGCAUUUUCAGGCGACAACCUGCAGGCGAAAUCUCUUCCACGGCCCCUACUCCGACCACAGCAGCAUGGCUUUGAGGCUUUGCUGUGCCUGGAUUUCCAUCCUCCUCCUCCUACCCAGCCUCUCGGACGGAGGGAAGCUCCUGGUGGUGCCCAUGGUGGGAAGCCACUGGCUGAGCAUGCAGGAAGUGGUGGAGAAGCUGAGCCAGAGGGGACACGAGGUGGUGGUGCUGGUUCCCAAGGUGAGCUGGCAGAUGGAGACCACGCAGGCCUACAAGGUGGUCACGCACCCGGUGAGCCAGACCCUGGAAGAGCUGGAUAACGCCUUCCAGGAAUACCUGGCCGUGCACCUGACGCAGAAGCCUUUCCCCCUCAAUGCCCUGGCAAUGUACAAUGCCUCAGUGUACGUCUUCAGCACCUUCUUUGGGCAGUGCAAGGACCUGUUCCGCAGCCAGGAGACCCUGAGGUUCCUCAACGAGAGCAGAUUUGAUGCCAUCCUAACGGAUCCAGCCUUUAUGUGUGGGGCCAUCCUUGCCCACCAUCUCUCUCUUCCCUUUGUGUUCUUCAUGAGAGGAUUUGGUUGCAACAUCCACUUUUCAGCCCCACAGUGCCCAAGCCCUCCAUCCUACAUCCCGAGACUCUUCAGCUUCAACUCAGACCACAUGACCUUUUUCCAGAGGGUGGAAAACGCCCUGAUUUCUCUCCUGGAGCUUGAUUACUGCAACGGUUUCUACGGAGAAGCGCUUAAGCUUUCCUCAGAAGUUCUUCAGAGGGAUGUGUCCCUGAUGGACCUCGUGAACUCCGCUGCCAUUUGGAUCCUGAGGUUUGACUUUGUGUUCGAGUACGUCAGGCCAGUGAUGCCCAACAUGGUCUUUGUUGGGGGGAUCAACUGUGCUAAGAAGAAACCAUUGCCUAAGACUCAGUGCUGA